CGGUAAUUCGGUUAUCAGUAAUCACAAAUAAGUGUUAUUAGGGUAAAUAAUAAUAAUAUUAUGGCUUUAUCUGUGUAAAGUUUAAAAUCAGGUUUUAUAUUUAUUUUAUCAAAUAGAUGAGAGGAGAUUUUUGUCUUAUAAUUUAGGUUCUUAAUAUCAACAAAAGGAUACAAUUAUUGAGCUGUUCAAUUAUCAUAUUGUUAUAUAUAUGUAUUACUAAUUAAUUAGUAAAUAAACUGAGUUUAAGGAACUCAUAGUUUGUGCUUGAAUCACAAAAGUUAGGUAUAUUAAAAAUGCCUAAGAAGUUUGUUGGUAUGAAUUCAAAAGCUUCGGAAGCCAAAGCUCGACGUGAUGCUAUUAAGCAAGAAGCGGAUGCUCAAAAAAAAAAGGCUAUUGAAGAUGAAUUUUGGAAAGAUGAUGACAAGAACGCUGCCAAAAAACAAAAAAGAAAGGAGGAAAAAGAGAAGAAAAAAAUUGAUCAAUUAGAAAAGAAACGAGAAGCUCAAUUAUUACUGGAAACAGAACUCAGUGAAAUUAAGACUACACAAAUCAACCAAAAAAUCACUAGGCAUCAACUUAUGAAAGAACUUGAUACUCCAAAAAAUCUUAAGUCUCAACUGACAUUGGAAGAAGAAGAAAGUUCAAUUGAAGAAAAUUUGAACCGUUUGACUAUGCAUGAUGAAGAAGCACGAACAGUUGAUGAGGCUCUUAAUAUGCUAAACCCUACUCAAAAGUUGUUGGAUAAACAUCCUGAAAAAAGGCUAAAAGCAGCAUAUACUGCUUUUGAAGCAGAAAAUUUACCAAGAUUACGUCUUGAAAAUCCAUCUAUGCGUCUGUCUCAAGUAAAACAACUAAUGAACAAAGAAUGGAUGAAAUCGCCGGAUAACCCUAUUAAUCAGAGAUAUAACAAUAAAAAUUAAAUUGAAUUGCUUUUGAUUAUACAGAUACAUAUAAAUACUUAACUAAAGUAGCUGUUCAUAAUUCCUUGAAAUAAAAUUUGUUCAUUUACCUACUAAGAAUAUAUAUUAAUAAUACAAUGUAUCAUGUAAUAAAAAUGUAUUAGUUUCAGUUUAUAAUUAAGUCGAAUAAAGUGUAAUAUAAUAAGUAAAUACUUUUUUGA